AUGAUUACACAAGAAAUACCCAGCAGCCAAAAGCGAAAGCGUGGGCACGAUAAUGACCCUUCAAACAAUCAUCCAUCGGAUGUAGCUACAUCUGCUGACGUUGAACUGGCUCCAUAUUUACGAGAUCGAGAUCAAGUUGAGAAAUUUAGAAUAGACUCUCUUCUCCGAUUGCAGCAAGAGAAAGAAAGAAAUGAAUUGAAAAUGAAAGAACUAGAAAUAUUGGAAAAGUUCAAUCAUUUGGAUAUCAUGGAUGAAGGUGAAGAUUCCACAAUUGUAUCUUCCAAAAAUUUAAAUCAUCGUCAGCCAGUCGUAAAGGAAAUAUUGAUAGAUAAUUCAUCCAGCAAGGAGGCAUCUCUUGAAAACGACUCACAAGAAAACUCUUCACCCCUCCUCAAGUUCAAAGUUGGUGGCAAAAUGUUCAUUACCUCACUUCAAACGAUCAAUAAGAGAGAAACCAUGUUGAAGACCAUGUUGAAUUCUGAUUUCAAAAUUGAUAAAGAUGAGAAUGGCUGUGUUUUGUUGGAAGACAGAAAUCCGGACUAUUUUCCAAUUAUAUUGGAGCAUAUACGAACUGGUUCUACUACAUAUGUCGGCUUGUGGGAGAAUGUUUCUGAAGAUUCUGUUCAACAUUUAAAGAAUUUGCUUGAAGAAUCUGACUAUUUUGGCACUCAAAAGUUAAGCGCACGAGUUCAUACUCUCAUCAAGCAAUAUGAAGAUGAGCUUCAUGAGAUUCAUGAAAGACAAGCCGAGAUUAAACUCCAUAAGGAGCAAGAAAAACAGUUUGAAAUGCAGCACCAGGAAGCACAACAUUACAGCAACACGGUCGCAAAAACACUUUCGGAUACCCAAGAAGAAAAGGAUGAACAAUGGAUGAACAAAUUUGCGAGCUUGACUCUAAAUGAAAAGCAAGUGAUAGAGUCUUAUGUUCAGGAACAUGAGAACCGUUUAAUGAAAGAGAAGGAGGCAUUGAAAGAACGAGAAUCCAAAUUGAAGCUCAAAUCAAGUGUCACGUUCAACGUUCGUGGUGUAAAGUUUUCGUUAAGUGUUGACAAACUGUUGAUUCAUACAGGAUCUAUUUUCUACGACGUUCUUAAAGAACUUAAACCAAGUAUGAAGGAUGAAAUAUUUAUUGACCGAGAUUCUGAAAUAUUUGGACAUAUUUUCGAAUUUUUGCAAACAGGCUCCGCUAUGAACAUUCCAAAGGAUUACUCCAAAAGAAAAUUGAUCUAUAAGGAAGCAAAAGAAUUUAAUUUAAAAGCAUUGCUUGAGCAUUUAAACCCAUUGAGAUUUCCUAUUGAGGACAUUGGAGAAACGAAUAUUAGAAUCAAACAAGAAGAAGAUUUUAUUAGAAAUUUGUUUGCUACAGCUCGAGAAAAUGUUGUAUUGAAUGAUCCAUAUUUACAUUUAGUUGGAGUGUUCGACUUGAAGAAUGGAAACAAAACAAAUAGCACCAGAAGUGAUAUUUUCAAAAAAGGCUUAAAUCCUCCGCCAUCAAUUCCGUUGAUAUUCAACUUUGAAGAUCCGGUCGAAGCUUCUGAAUUGGUCAAUGAUUUCUCACAGUUGAAGUGUCCACCACAACCAACAAUAUGUGACUCUAGAGAAGUGUUUAUUGAACAAUUUAAUGCAUUCAGUUUUGGAUUGUUCAGAGAUAUGAAUUGGAACAAUGUUUUCUGUGCAGGUGGUGGAGUAUUGGCAUGCUUACUGCAAGCUGACAUCUCUGAUGAAAAUGACAAUCAUGAAAGUGAUGAUGAUGAUGACGUUGCCCCACAAGACGCUCAUUCAAAGUCAUACUGGGAUUUCGAUGAUGGAGAACAGAUUUCUCCUCUUGGUGACGAGUCUCCUGGCUCAUUGUCAGAUGACGAAUAUUUUACUGCUUCAGACGACGAAAACAAUUUUAACCACAGAACAUGCUCAAGUAAUGAGGAAAAAGUUAGAAAAAUGAAGAAGACAGGAAAACGCUCGAAACCAGAAAAUCCAAAACUUUCAAGACAACAGAAGCUUAUCGAAUAUUAUCGUACCUCUGAUUUAUGGAAGGACAGUGACAUUGAUCUUUUCCUGUAUGGACUCACAGAACAGCAAGCAGAGGAGAAGAUUGUUUAUUUGUACAAUGCAUUCAAAAAGAAUUUGGCACGCUUACCAAAAUGGGUUUUGGAUGAAGAUAGCGAUGAUGAAGAGGAGAAUAAGUCUACAUCCAACAAAUACACAGACAUCAUGCUCAUGAGAACAGAACAUGCCAUUACGUUCAAAUUUAGUGGUUUGAUUCGCCCCGUUCAAAUUAUAUUAAGAAUUUACAAAAGUCCUUCAGAGGUGUUGUGUGGUUUUGACAUUCCAUGCUGUUGUUGUGGAUUCGAUGGCACACAAGUUUAUUGCUUGCCAAGAGCUAUCCAAGCUAUCAACACAAGGUGUAACAUUGUUGAUCCUGACAGGCAAUCGACUACUUAUGAAGUUCGUCUUGUGAAGUAUAGCUUGCGAGGGUUCAGAAUUGGUGUACCAGGAUAUGAUGCAAAGAGAGUAUGUCGUGAACUUACAAAUCCAUCUCUCUAUUACCCUAGAAGAUAUUCUCGCCGCUAUCGCAGCCGUUCAAGAUUUUCAAACAUUAACCACGUUUCUGGUCUCGCACGUAUUCUGUUAAUGAAGCAUGUUUAUAUCAAUUUCAAACAGCAUCGAGGUGGUGAUGGAAGUAUGCUAAGUGUUGCUGGUAAACAAACACUAAAAGAAACCGAGAAUUCUCUUAGUAGUGUUUAUCGACCAUCCAAAGACCAUGACUAUUUUCAAGUUGAUCUUCCUCAGAGAGUUUAUGAUCACACCCCAGUAACAGUGGUUUUCAGCAGAUUGCAGGCUAAAAUCAAAUAUUUGAAGGAUAAGUUAAACAAGAAACCAUUCUUUGAAUGCUCAUUGAAUGAUGUGCAAGAAAUAAUUGCUCCUAAAAACCCACAAAGCCACUUGUCACCAUUUAUAGAAUGGAUAACACUUGAGCCAGGAAGACAACAUGUUGGUUCUUUCUACCCUCAUCAAAGAAACUUUUUUGCAGACGCUUAUAGUAACAUUGAAGUUGAAACUAAACGCAAGUUCAAAUACCAAUGGUCGUACUUAAAAGGAAGACAUCGCUACUACGCCUCUCACAUUAAAUUUAAUUCAGAAAUAUCUAAGGAAAUUGAAAAGCACUAUAGGAUUUAUAAAAAGAACGUAGACGAAAAGCAGCAGCGCAAUUAUUCAAAAUUAAGCAGGGAGACAAAGAAGGAGAAAAAAACAACCAAAAAGAGUAGCAAAGAAGAAAAGAAAUAUGAAUUCCAUCUUUACACCAUCCCCAAUUCAAAGUUACAAAUUAACUUUCGUAGCAUGGACAUCACUGAAAUUGAACAAGAAGGCAAGAAAGCAAAUAACCAGAAAUCAUAUUUUCGCUAUUCAUCUUCUUUCGAAGUAUUGAGAACCAGGUCAACCCUGAAAUAUUUCAAGAGAAAGGAUACUCCUAUCUCAAGUGAUGUAACUGAUUGUGAGCAUGGUGAAUUAUUCACACCUGCAGAGGAGGAUUCAGAAUCUGAAGAGGAAAAAAAACCAUCAAGAUUUUGA